AGUCAUGGCUGCUUUUGGUACGUUAGUGUCCUCCUCUAUUUAAGGCUAGUUUUUUCACUAUCCCAUGUGGACUAUUCUGAGUGGCGCAGCCCUUGACUUAGAAAGGGAAAAUAAGAAGGACGCAGAGCAUUCCACUCAGCUUGGAAUAGUAAAAACGAGCGCUAAAAAUCUAUGCGUGCACCCGCGGAGGAGCCUCUUGGUAGUCUACGAAAACACUGAUGCAUGCUUCGAAGAUGAUUCCUAUGGGCUUAGGGGCACUUUUUUUAAAAUUUCACCGGAGACAUUUUACACUUCGCGGGUCCUUCAUGGAAUGUAGAAUAUCUGCGAGGUUUGGGACGCUCUUCAUAACUUGGUGUUAAAAAUCGAGAUUCGGUGGAACUACUGAUAUCUACAACUUGAGCUGAGAUGUGUAGGGGAAGUUUGUUCCUAAGGUAAGUCAUUGAAAGUGUCCUCGUGGGUAGAUGAGUAGGUGAGCAGGUGACAAGUCUUGAAGGAAUGCAUUGAUUCUUGUGUAGGGAUCGUGGUAGUGUCUAUUUUUUGUUCCAAGUUUUGUUAUAAUUUUCUUUUCAAGUGCAGAAAUGAUAGGGCGAAUACGGGACGAUCCCAGUCCGACUCUCCCUUCUUGUCAAUGUGUUGAACAAUGACUAAAAAAAGACCUCCCCCAGCAUGAAUUAGCAUCUGUACUAGAAAAUCUUGGACGUAAUCAUUUUUUGUUCUUUUCCAGAAUCUCCACUGUCGUCUUACUUGCACCUCCAUAUUUUCCAUUCACCGUCUUCAAAAACUAUUGUCCACCAAACUGAAACCUCGUUUAUUAGACCUAUCCACCAAUCACAAGAACUCUUCCCUCCAUGCACGGUGUCCGCGCUUGUGGUUCUCAUCUUGCGAGAUGAGCGAACCUGUAUUGUCUUGUUAUCUGGCUUCGUGUGUCCGUCACGAC